AUGUGACAAUAUAUUUUGUUUGUCCGUUUUAAGGUGACCUUUCGUUUCUUUUUUUCUUUCCACAUGCCCAAACCAAAGCAUCAUUGCAAUUUUAAGAUGGGUCCCGUAAAACCAGCAAAGCCCAGUGCCGCUUAGGGUAGGCACUCCAGCCUCCCAAAGUGACAAGCGAGCGUGAGGUUAUCUGUCUUUUUUCAUUUAACCAGACACGUCACCCUCGUCCAUCAUCCCAAAAACGUCCAAAAUCCUCUGAAAAUGCGAAAACCUACCCAGAACUGUUGGCGCAACACACUGGUUACUUGUUUUGCAAUUUUCGACUAAAAAUGCACAAUAGCUUUUUUCAAACGUAUCUAUUUCUAAAAAGAAAAGCUACAACUUCCAGAAUACUCUGUACAGGACGUAAGGUUGUUCAAAAUUCUGCAAGAGUCCAAUCAGAAGGAUCAAUUUCCUAGCAAUCACACUACAAGUUGGGCCCCCCACAUAUCCUGCACCCAAGCAACAGAUAUUCUUGAUUGGCAUUUUGGAUCUUGA